AUGGGGAGAUUAGCUGCUGCCAUUCUCCUGCUUUCACUUCUGAAAGUGGCAGUGUGCGUUCAGGUGAUUGUUCCUCAGAAGCAGUACAGCAGAGCUCUGUUUGCCUCUGUGACUCUGCGGUGUGACUACUCCACCUCCGCGAACCUCCAAAAUGUUCUGGUCACCUGGAAGUACAAGUCCUUCUGCAACGACCCUGUGCUGGAUUACUACUCCGCAGCGUACCAGUCUGCCCUACAGACGGGACAGGACCCAACGAAUGGCUGUCCAGACAGUCAGCGGACGCUGCGCAUAGUGAUCCAGAAGUCAGGAAGCAGCGAGCCGACGCUGGGACCAGAAUACCGUGAACGCAAGAUCUCCAUCCAAAACAAGGCCGACCUGGUGAUCAGCGAGGUGAUGUGGUGGGACAACGGGGUCUACUUUUGCACUGUCGAUGCUGCUGGAGACACCUCUGGAGACUCUGAUGAAGAAGUCAGUCUCAUUGUUUACGGCUGGCUAACAGCGUUGGGCAUUAUCAUCGGAGCCCUCCUUCUGAUCCUCCUCUUCUGUAUAUGCUGCUGUCAGUGCUGCCCUCAGAAAUGCUGCUGCUAUGUUCGCUGUCCUUGCUGUCCACAGCAAUGCUGCUGUCCUGAAAAAGCGGUGAUGCAGCAUCGUAUGAUGAAGGACGCUCAGAGGGCCAUGGCUCCCUGGUUUGGAGGACAGCCGGUAUAUGGACCAAUGAGCAACGCCUCAUCCCAGAUGAACCCACUUCUAUACCAAGGAUCUGUAUCAGGAAAGAACAUCUCAAUGCAGCCACUUCCCCUCCCUCCCCCUCAUUCUUCAUCUUACAGCAUGCCCCCUCCCAGCCAUGGCAACCACACCCCUGCCAACAGCAAUCACAUGCUUGAUUACCUGGAGAGCCAGGUGAGGGGGAUAGACAUGGCCAGUCCUAUGAUGCAGUCCCAGCCUCCUCCACCCCACCACAUGCAGCAGAUGCCUCCUCCACCCCACCACAUGCAGCAGAUGCCUCCUCAACCCCACCACAUGCAGCAGAUUCCACCCCCACAGCACAGGCCCAUGAACGUCCCAUUUUCCCCCGGCCCCCCCAGCAUGAUCUCUGCCCUUGAUGAUGGCCUGACAGAGCGCCGUGUCAUCACACUUCCACCAAUAAGAGAGCAGCGACCUCCUGCACCCAAGAGCCGGCCCCCAAGCUCCAGCGAGAGCGGCCGCAGCGGCUUUGGCCGUCGUGACGACCGAGGAUCAGCGGGCAGGCGCCAACCCUCACCUGCGCGGUCUAGAGGGAUUUCCAGGAGCUACAGCCAGGACUCACUGGAUGGGCGCAGUCGCAACGGGCCACAUGGAGGCAUGGACCGCCCCCGCUCUCGCUCCAGGGACGACCUGUUUGACAGCAGGUCCAGAGGAAACUACUCUCCCCCUGCGUCGCAGCGCUCCAGAAGAGGGUCCUGGAGCUCGGAUGAUGAAGGCAGCAGGAGAGGAGGAGGGACGAGAGGAGGUGGAGGCUGGGUUGAAAAACCUCCCAGCUACAGGGAGUACGAACCAGGACAGAAGCCGGGAGCACGGAGGAAUGGCCGCUACUCUGACAAGAGUUCUCGCAGUGGCACCAGCGUCGUCAUCUGAACCCUCGGGCUGAACGCCCUGCGACCUCUGUUUCAGAGAACAUGCACACCUCAAUAGAAUUGGAGCCUUGUUGUAUGGCUACUGGUAAACUUUUAAAUAUCAACAUUUUAUUAUGUUUUUCAAUGAAUUUUUAUCACCCUCUUGAUUACUGAAGGAUUCAUAAAAUGUGAGCUUGACAAUCUCGAGAUUGGCAAUAAUCCUUCUCAAGUAGAGCAGGCGAUAAAGAAAAUGUUCGGUGUAAGUAAGAAAACCUAUUUAGUAGCUGCCCUUUUUAAAAAAUAUAUUGUUUUAAGAAAAUUGUGCAGGUCUUCUACUAAAGGGGGGAUUUUUGGGAUAAUAUUUCCCUCUGCUGGUUCAGUGUAAUGGAAAUUACAGUAGACUAAACGCCUCCUGAUGAAAUUUUUUUUUUUAUAUGUGACAUUAAUGGAUGUUUCUCCUCUUAAAACAUAUUUGCUUGGCGGGAACACAGUUAGUUCUUAUAUUUGAUAAGGCCAUAAAACAUGAUAUGCAAAAAAUGAGGCUCAGGUCCAGUAAGUCAAAUUAGAAUUGUGACAUUAGAACUAUAUAAACCUACAUAAAUAUGAAUAGACUUGUGGAUGCUGGAUUUAGUU